AUGGGAGACUCCGACCGAGACCACGAGAUGGGCCACAGCGCCGCAGACACCCAAGGCGUGGACGAGAUGGGCAGCGCCGAGAGAGCCCCCAAGCAGAUCAUCGACGCCGCGACGCAAGCCUCCGAGUCCAUCGGCUGCACCCCGGAUCAGAAGCCCCAAAGCUCGGCGCUGGCCGCCGCAGCCACCCGCACGCCAGAGAACGCAGUGUCAUACCUUGCGGCCUCGUCAGCUCUUGCAAUCCACCAGCAGUCGCUUCAGGAAGGUCAUAACGAUUUUCAAGGGGAGAUUCCCCUCCUGCGAGGCAGAGUUGGCACCCUGGAGAGCGAGCUCGAGGCGGCCAAGAAGGACCUGCAUGCUUGCAUCCAGGCCAUCAGAGGCCUCCAGCGCGAGGUGGAGGAGCUGAGAUCCACCAGGGACCAGACACCCCUGCCAAUCCGUCACCGCGAGAUCUAG